AUGGGCACUCAGAAAGCAAUUGAACUCCAAGGAGAACCUGGAAACGUUAAGUUAGUGACUGACCGCCGCUUGCCUAGACACCGACCCGGCUAUGUCAUUGUUGAUGUCAAGGCUGUCGCUCUCAACCCUACAGAUUGGAAGCACGUUGACUAUCACAAUACCAAAGGUGCUUUGGCCGGCUGUGACUUCGCGGGUGUCGUUGCGGAAACGGGCGAUGGGUAUACCAAGGACUGGAAAGUGGGUGACAGAAUCGCGGGAAUUGUUCACGGUGGCAACCAACUCGAACUUGAAGAUGGUGCUUUUGCCGAAAGGAUCGCCGUUCGGGCGGAUAUUGGGUUUCGCAUCCCCAACAGCCUAUCCUUCGAAGAAGCUUCCACACUUGGCGUGGGCAUCAUCACCGUUGCCCAAGGAUUGUUUCAGCAGAUGGGGUUGAGUUGGCCAAACAAACCAUCCAGCAGCGCAGAUUUCAUCCUCAUCUAUGGUGGAAGCUCGGCGACAGGCACACUAGGAAUACAAUUCGCGAAACUUGCUGGUUACAGGGUUAUCAGCACUUCGUCAAAGCACAAUUUCGAGCUCGUCACGUCGCUUGGAGCGGAGGCGGCCUUUGACUAUAAGGACCCUGAUGUCACCGACCAGAUCAAGAAAUAUACCAACGGCAACCUGAAAUAUGUGUGGGAUACAAUCGCUUUACCACCUACUGCCAAGAUAUGUGCAGGGGUGAUUUCUCCAGGAGGGACAUACGGCUCGAUUCUGAACGUGGAGUUCCCUCGGGAUGAUGUGAAGAAAACGUUUUCACUUGGCUACACGGCCAUGGGAGAACCUGUGAAGAAAUGGGCCUUCGAAGUCAAGGAUACAACAGCAGAUUUCGAAUUCAUGAAGAAAUGGGUGAAGGAAAUUGUUGACCCUCUUUUGGCGGAAGGCCGCAUAAAAGUUCAUCCGACGAGAGUCUCCCAGGGUCUAGACAAGGUCUUUGAGGGAUUCGAUCUGAUGAGGCACGAUAAAGUGAGUGGCCAAAAGUUGGUUUAUACAUUGUAA